CUUACAACUAACCUACAUCCUGCAAUAUACCCACAACCGAACCACCGCUUCAAUUACCACCACCUGCAACGCACUACCUGGUCACCGCAAAGAUAUUCAAACGCCCGCUGUGAUAACUUCCAAUUGCACCCACCACGUCCCCAAUCCUCCUCCCCCAAUGGCAUCAACAACACCAGCCGACCCUCCACCCUCCUACGAGGACGCCCAGCGCCCUCCCCCAACCCCAACAACAUCCUCAUCAACCGCACCCCGACCCCGCGGGCCCCCCCAACCACGCCUCCCCCUCCCCCUCAACCUCCCCGCCCUCGCCGCCCUGAAAGGCAAACGCAUAAUCCUCGCCUCGCAGUCCCCACGCCGCCGCCAACUCCUCGCGCAACUCGGCCUCGUAAACCUCGACGUCGUCCCCUCCAACUUCGCCGAGGACCUCCCCAAGUCGCUAUCCCCACUCGAAUACGUCCUCCAGACCGCGUCCGCGAAAGCACAAGACGUCUACAAGCGGGAGAUCGACAACGCGGCGAAGGGGGAGCCCGCACUCAUCAUCGCGGCGGACACCAUCAUCGUGAGCCACGGGGGCAUGAUCCUCGAGAAGCCGCGGAGUGAGGUUGACCACGUGAAUAUGCUGCAGAUGCUCAGGGACGAGGGCACGCACAAGGUUACGACUGCCGUGGCGGUCAUGGCGCCGUUGGAGAGUGCGUUGGAGCCGGGUUACAGGAUGGAGACGCAUGUCGAGGAGACGGAGGUCAAGUUUGAUUCUACUGUCACCGACGACCUCAUCCUCGCGUACGUCCGCACCCGCGACGGCGCGGACAAGGCGGGCGGGUAUGGCAUCCAGACCGCGGGCAGUAUACUGAUCGAGAGGAUCAACGGCUCCUACGACAACGUGGUCGGGCUGCCGCUGCGGAACACGCUGAAGCUCAUCGAGAAGGUGAUGGUGCCCGAGGACGAGGAGGACGGCUUCGACGACGACGAUGAGGAUUUGAUCUGAGGAGGUUGAAUCGAAUGCCUACGCCUGAAAACGUACUGUAGAACGAAAGAAGAUUCGCGGGGAUUGACGACCCAAGGGAACGGGGAUCGUGCCUAGAAUAGCACAGUGUGGCAUCGAUGGGAUGGGGCGAACAUGGUAUGGCGACGUGAUAUGCUUGAUAAGCUGUUGUUGUCGUGUGGUUGUCAUAUCGCGACGCCGUACAGACAACGUUCCAUUGCCGUUUACUAGGGGUAGGUCAAUGUCACUCAGCGAGCGCUCUCAUCGGAGCCAGGGAAGGAUGGAUGAACCUAACGAUUGAUGCACACGAACUCACUAGGGCGGCUACGUCUUCAACGUCACUGCUGCUUGCAAGAUAUGUACUUUUCCAAAAGAGUUGGAGUUACGAAUAGGCAAAGUCCCCAGUAAAAUAUUAGAUUCAUGUAGAAGCAGUCUCGAUGUAGAGCACUGCUCGCUCGCUUCGAAUACUACAAAAAUGAUGCUCAUAAGAAGGC